GCGACAGCGGAACCCGAGCCCACCGAGCUACCGUGCGCCUGCGUGACCGACGACCGAGGGGGACGAUGCAAGAUGGCAUGCAGCAAACGUGGGCGCGCGAUUCUCUCACUUUUCCCACCCGCGUUGGGAUUUAGAGCCCACUUUUGGAGCCACGGCGUGACGAUGACGCGCUGAGUCUGGUGCAGAAGAGACGGUGAACCUUUGGAAUUUUAUAUUGUUUUUUUUUUUUAAUUUAUAUAAAGAAAUUUUGUAAUAUAGACACAGAUAAUAUAGACGGGAGAGGAUUUAUAUUAGCAUGGGGCUGUGCUACAGUCUGCGCCCCCGGCUCUUCGGUGAGCUCAGCGGCUCCAUCUCCAACGCCGCCUCGGACUGCGAGCCGCCGCCGGACGCGGCCGUGCCGCUGCGCGCGACUGGCCCGCGCCAGGAGGACGCGGUCGUGGGACGCUGCGAGAGCGCGCCUCUGCGCGACGGCCAGCUCCGGCGCGGCGACGCGGGCACGGGCGCGGACGGCGCGCUGAUUCAGAACGGCGGCGGUGGCGGCGGGGGAGGCAAGGGGGGCGCGGGAACGGCCGCGGGCGCGGGAGCAGAGCGCGGCCGGCGCCUGCAGCUCCUGAAGAACAGCGCCCAGAAGCAGAAGAACUGGGACAAGCUGCUGGUGGAGGAGAAGGAGGCCGAGAAGGAGGCCAAGAAAGUCAGUAAGAACAUCGACCGAGCGCUGAAGGAGCUCAAGCGGGAGUACAAACAGACCCACCGGCUGCUGCUGCUCGGGGCCGGGGAGUCCGGAAAAAGCACCAUUGUGAAGCAAAUGCGAAUCCUGCACGUCAACGGCUUCAAUGCAGAAGAAAAGAAACAGAAAAUCUUGGACAUUCGAAAAAAUGUGAAGGAUGCCAUAGUGACUAUAGUUUCAGCUAUGAGCACUUUAAUACCGCCAGUCCCACUAGCGAAUCCCGAGGACCAGUUCAGAGUUGACUACAUCAAAAGUAUAGCACCUCUAUCUGACUUCGACUACACACAGGAGUUCUUUGACCAUGCAAAGAAGCUGUGGGAUGAUGAAGGGGUGAAGGCUUGCUUUGAGAGGUCCAACGAGUACCAGCUCAUCGACUGUGCACAGUACUUCCUGGACAGGAUUGACUCAGUACGACAGAAUGACUACACACCAACAGACCAGGACCUGCUGCGUUGCAGGGUUUUGACAUCAGGGAUUUUUGAAACUCGAUUUCAAGUAGACAAAGUCAACUUUCACAUGUUCGACGUGGGUGGCCAGAGAGACGAAAGGAGGAAAUGGAUCCAGUGCUUUAAUGACGUCACUGCAAUUAUCUUCGUUGUUGCAAGUAGCAGCUACAACAUGGUAAUAAGGGAAGACAACAAUACAAACAGGCUACGGGAAGCACUAGACCUCUUCCGAAGUAUCUGGAACAACAGGUGGUUGCGGACCAUUUCAGUCAUCCUGUUCCUAAAUAAACAGGACAUGUUGGCAGAGAAGGUGCUUGCAGGAAAGUCCAAAAUCGAAGAUUACUUCCCUGAAUAUACUCGCUACACCAUACCAAAUGAAGCAACUCCUGAUCCUGGUGAAGACCCAAGAGUGACAAGAGCCAAGUUUUUCAUCCGAGACGAGUUCCUGAGGAUCAGCACAGCCAGCGGUGAUGGCCGACAUUACUGCUACCCGCAUUUCACCUGUGCUGUGGACACGGAGAACAUCCGCCGUGUGUUCAACGACUGCCGCGACAUCAUCCAGAGAAUGCACCUGCGCCAGUAUGAGCUCUUGUGAUGAGGGGGGCGGGGACAGACCAUAUUUUAUGUAAACAUCCUCCUCCCCCGAAAAGAAAAACGCCCACAUGGGGGGACAUUGAGUACUACUGACGUGUCGAAUCCUCCUCCUGUCAUGCUCUUUUUGUUUUGUGUGUCUGUGUUUGUGUGCGUCUCUUUCUUUGCUCAUAAUGCCUUUUUGUGUCAUUCCACUAAGCCUUUGGCUACCUCCUCUUUUGUGUGUGUGGUUAUUUUUU